AUGAUUCCAAGAUAUAUACGUAGUCCUUUAAGGAAUACUAUUAUUUUGUUCCGUAAUAAUUCGACAGCUUCGAAGCCAGAAUUAAUUGAGCCGACACAAGAAAUUAAAACGGUAGCUCAAAGCAAUCCACUUGAUCAUCCAGACUAUUUUCAAGUACAUAACCUCUUUAGUGUCAAAGAUUUAUUUGAUUCAAGAGUGCACUUUGGUCACAAGGAAGGUUCUCUGAAUGAAUUUAUGAUACCCUAUAUUUAUGGUUCAAGACAAGGUCACUUGAUUUUUGACUUGGAUAUUACAGCUGACCAUUUGAGAAAAGCAUUAAACUUUACUGCUCAUAUAGCAUAUAGAGGAGGUAUAAUUUGUUUCUUCAAUAGAAAUGCUUUAAAUGCUCAUUUAGUAGAAAAAACAGCACAAGAAAGUGGAGAAUAUGCCCACACAAGAUUCUGGAGAGGAGGUAUCUUCACCAAUGCUAACCAUCAAUUUGGGGCAGUCACACGGCUUCCUGAUCUUUGUAUAUUUUUGAAUACACAAAACAAUAUUCUAAGUCAACACACAGCUGUUAGAGAUAGUGCUAAAAUGUUAAUACCAACUAUUGGUAUAGUUGACUCUAAUUGUAAUCCUAAUUUAAUCACAUAUCCAGUCCCAGGAAAUGAUGACACUCCUGUAGCAAUUGAACUAUAUUGUAAAUUAUUUAAAGCUGCUAUUUUAAGGGGGAAAGAGGCAAGAAUGAAGUUUUUGCAGGAUAAUAAUAAU